GCGAGGCGGUGGCUCACACUCCGUUUUGCCCUAUUAUGGUCACGAGCGUGACAGCGCGCGCUACCCAGCAUGCGCCGCGGUGUAAGGCUCCGCCACAGUCAAGAUGACCGACUUUGAGGAGCCGCUUUCAGACGAGGAGAAGGUGCGCAUCGCAUCUAACUUUGUGACCCAUGCUCCCCCUGGAGAAUUCAAUGAAGUUUUCAAUGAUGUGCGGCUUCUCCUCAACAAUGACAACCUCCUUCGGGAGGGGGCAGCACAUGCCUUUGCCCAGUAUAACAUGGAUCAGUUCACUCCUGUCAAAUUGGAGGGUAGUGAGGAAUCGGUUCUGAUCACUGAGCAUGGAGAUCUGGGCCACGGGCGGUUCUUUGAUCCGCGGAAGCGAUUGUCGUUCCGUUUUGAUCACCUGCGAAAGGAAGCAAGCGAUCCCCAGCACUAUGAGGGAGAGACCGGUCUUCGGUCAUGGAGAGACGCCUGUGAUGAAGCACUCAGUGCUUAUGUGAAGGAGCAUUAUCCCACCGGAGUCUGCACGGUGUAUGGGAAAACUGUUGAUGGGCAACAAACAAUCAUUGCUUGUAUUGAGGGUCAUCAGUUCCAGCCCAAAAACUUCUGGAAUGGCCGGUGCAGGUCAGAGUGGAAAUUCACCAUUAGUCAGUCAUCAGCUCAGGUUGUGGGAGUAUUGAAGAUCCAGGUGCAUUAUUAUGAGGAUGGUAAUGUUCAGCUGGUGAGCCAUAAGGAGGUUGAGGAGUCCCUUGUAGUGAAUAAUGAAACCCAGACUGCCAAGGAAUUUGUAAAAAUCAUUGAAAAUGCUGAAAAUGAUUACCAGACGGCCAUCAGUGAGAACUACCAGACGAUGUCAGACACCACCUUUAAAGCUCUUCGCAGACAGCUGCCCGUCACUCGCACCAAGAUCGACUGGAACAAGAUCCUCAGCUACAAGAUCGGCAAAGAAAUGCAAAACGCUUAGAACCGACCCGGUUCCUCUUCCUUCUGGCUCACAUACCCGGAGUCAGCUUUCAGAACAUCACGCCGUUCCCUCGGCCGAAGAAGUCUCCCAUAAAUGAUAUAAGAAAAACUGUUUCUGUUUAAAAGAGGAUGUGAUUCCAUACACCUUUCUGUUAUUAAUGGACUUCAUCGGGUCUCAGCUGUUGGAAGAACUCGGAGAGAGUAUUGGAUCUAAAUUAUCGGCAAUUUACGCUUUUCUCUUAUUUACCCGUUCACCAGUUACUCAAGAGUUUAAAUUGUUUUGAUUUUUGUCUUUUUUUUUCCGUGAACUGUGACAGCAGCAUUGCUUGUGCAAAUGUUUUUUUUUUUGUGUGUGUGUUUUAAACAGUGAAUAAUGCCUCGCUCACUGUAUCUCCAAACCCCAAACAGACAACAACCCCACCUUCCACCUCCUGGCAGCCUGGAGAGAUGAGAAUCCUUUCUGUUUGGCCCUCAACUAUCCAGGCUGAAAUUGCAUGAGGUUGAGGGGAAGAGGCUGUGUCCGGGUUUGGAUUGAUCCUUUUUCGUCUUAACUGCUCUCUCCAUAUCUUGUCUAACAGUGACUCACAGUCUACUUAACUAAAAUGGUUAAACCAAAAAGACAGAAUAAAUAAACACAUGGAUAAUUCUCUGCGGUGGCACAGACAUCCGAAUUAUAUCUGAGUUUCAUAUUUGCACACAAAUUGGAUCGUUUCUGCAUAUAUUUGUAGUUUUACAGGUACUUUGUGAUGCAUUUUGGGUAUCCACAAUCUGUUGAAUUUGAUUUUGUCUGUCUUUCCUCUAGCCCAGUAUAGCUCGAGGAGGUAGUCAGUGUUGCUAUUGCAUGUUUCUGCCACACUGCUUUCAUGUCAGCUUUUAGUCUUGUUUGUCUGACUGUUUCAUCAAAAAUCCCGCUGUAAAAUACACCCUUGAAUCCA